ACUUCUCCCUCCUGCAACUGCAAAGCUCCUUGAUCCACCCUCGAUCACUCACUCCACCACCGCGGCCGCAGCGCGCGCGCACCGCGCAAACAACCAACUCGGCAGCGACAGCAAUGGCGGAUCGCGACCGCAGCGGCAUCUACGGCGGCACCUACGGGCAGCAUCAGCAGGGGGGCGGCCGCCCGAUGGGUGAGCAGGUGAAGGGCAUGAUCCAGGACAAGGGUCCCACGGCGUCGCAGGCGCUGACGGUGGCGACGCUGUUCCCGCUGGGCGGGCUGCUGCUGGUGCUGUCGGGCCUGGCGCUGGCGGCCUCCGUGGUGGGGCUGGCGCUGGCCACGCCCGUGUUCCUGCUCUUCAGCCCCGUGCUCGUCCCGGCCGCGCUGCUCAUCGGGACGGCCGUGACGGGGUUCCUCACGUCGGGCGCGCUGGGGCUCGGGGGACUCUCCUCGCUCACGUGCCUCGCCAACACGGCGCGGCAGGCGUUCCAGCGCACCCCGGACUACGUGGAGGAAGCGCGCCGCAGGAUGGCGGAGGCCGCGGCGCACGCCGGGCAGAAGACCGCGCAGGCUGGGCACGCCAUCCAGAGCAGGGCGCAGGAGGCCGCUUCGGGCGGCGCCGGCGCCGGGGGAGGCACCGGUGCUGGCACCGGCGGCGGCGGCAGGGCUUCCUCGUAAGCAUGCAAGCCAUCCGAUCCAUGGAUGCGUGCGUGUCGGUAUCAGCAGGGGUCGUCGUGGAAUGCUGUUUUCUGUACGUGGGUGACCGUGUCGUCUUCUCCCCGAGUGCGUGUUACAUGAUAUCACGGUGUUCGUCGUACGUGUGUGUGCCGGCCCAGGCUGGGGUCGGCUGUGUACCGGUGUCUGUCCUGUUCAUCGCCGCUCCGGCCCGUUCGGAGAUGUGAAUAAGUUAGCUAGGGGAAUAAGUGAUGUCUGUCUGGAAGGGAAAGGUUGAGCUUUGCUUUGCAGUGUGCCUGGGCACUGGACUGGAUGUGUGUCGGGCAUCAGCUGUAUGCUCGUCGUCUGUUGUGGAAACCAUUGGUGAAGGUAUCGUCUCUUUGCUGAAUAAUUUUGUCA